AAAGACCCAGGACCUGCAGGCUGCAAAGGUAAAAGCUCCAGACCUAUCAUGGGGCAGGAACUCAAGAGCAUCCCAGCCUGGAAGCUGGACAAGUUCAUAGAGGAUUACCUCCUUCCGGAUACCCGCUUUGGUGAUGAUGUCAAAUCAGCCAUCAAUAUCGUGUGUGAUUUCCUGAAGGAGAGAUGCUUCCGAGAUGCUGCCCAUCCAGUGAGGGUCUCCAAGGUGGUGAAGGGUGGAUCCUCAGGCAAAGGCACCACGAUCAAGGGAAAGUCAGAUGCUGACCUGGUGGUGUUCCUUAACAAUCUCACCAGCUUUGAGGAUCAGUUGAACCGACGGGGAGAGUUCAUCAAGGAAAUUAAGAAACAGUUGUAUGAGGUUCAGCGUGAGAGACAUUUUAGAGUCAAGUUUGAGGUCCAGAGUUCAUGGUGGCCCAAUGCCCGGUCUCUGAGCUUUAAGUUGAGCACACCCGACCUUCAUCAAGAGGUGGAGUUUGAUGUGCUUCCAGCCUUUGAUGUCCUGGGUCAUGUUACCAUAUACAGCAAGCCUGAUCCUGAAAUCUACGCCAGUCUCAUCUCGGAAUGUACCUCCCUGGGACUGGAGGGCGAGUUCUCUACCUGCUUCACCGAGCUCCAGCGGAACUUCCUGAAGCAGCGCCCAACCAAGGUGAAGAGUCUCAUCCGCCUGGUCAAGCACUGGUACCAACUGUGUAAGGAGAAGCUGGGGAAGCCUCUGCCACAACAGUAUGCCCUGGAGCUGCUCACAGUCCAUGCCUGGGAACAUGGGAAUGGAUUGACUGAGUUCAUCACAGCCGAGGGCUUCAAAACUGUCUUGGAACUGAUCAGCAAGUACACACAGCUUCGAAUCUACUGGACAAAAUAUUAUGACUUUCAACACCAGGAUGUCUCCAAAUACCUGCACAGACAGCUCAGAAAAGCCAGGCCUGUGAUCCUGGACCCGGCUGACCCAACUGGGAACGUGGCUGGUGGGAACCCAGAGGGCUGGAGGCGGUUGGCCUUAGAGGCUGAGGUGUGGCUGUGGAAGCCACGCUUUAUGAAAAAGGAUGGUUCCCUCGUGUGUUCCUGGGAUGUGCCGAUGGAGGUUCCUGUACCUUUCGAGCAGCCUCAGGUGGAACAGAACUGGACAUGCAUCCUGCUGUGAGCAAGUAUCGUCCUGUGAGGCCAACAGGACAUGCCCAGGAGGCUCCAGAGUCAGGGGCAUAUCCUGCUCUGCUGCAGGCCCUUGAACCACAAAGGAUGGGCCCUACCUGUUAUUCAACUCCAUGUUUCUGAUGCCUGUCCACCAUGAUUGAAUCCUAUCCAAUCACAGACAGCCUUCCUUAAUGGAUUCACAAGGGGAGGGAAGAACUCAAGCUUGGCUUCUAUCUGUCCACCUGUUGGGAGAUUCUGUCCAACAAUGUCUGAUCAAGAAUAAGCUACAGCAGAUGCCAUAAGCGUGUGUGUGAACUCUGAGGGAUGUGCCCUAUAGAUACAGUACACGAGUGUGUAUGUGUUUAUGGUUCAACUAGACACAUUUAUUGAGUGCUUACUAGAUACUCUACAUGAUCCAGACAUUCAGCAGUGGUGAGAGCAAAACCAAACUGCUACAGUUUGUGAUGUGAGUUGGAUUGGGAUCCUUCCAGGUCUCUACUUACUCAUAAACCCAAAAGAGGAACCCUUGUUUCUUCUGUCCACGUCCCCAAGAUGAGCUUCUAGCCCUGGGCUAUCUGACACAGAAGCUAUUCCCCGGCCACACAUGGACAUGGAACAGUGAGUCUGUGGCCUGUGCACUCAGGUUGAACUUGAGUGGCUACAAUGUGCAGGCUGGGGUCCCAUGGGUGCGGGGGAAAUAAAAUGUGUCCAGAAUUUUUGACACAUGUAACUUUGAAA